AUGGGUGACUAUUCAAAAGCACUUUCAUCUCAUGAAAAAGCCCUAGAAAGUCGACAGCAGUCACUUCCUUCUAGUCAUCCUGCUAUGGUCAGUUCCUAUAACAACAUCGGAAUUGUGUAUGAUAUCAUGGGUGAUUAUGCAAAAGCUCAUUCAUUUUAUGAGCGUGCUGUACAAAUUGGACAACAAUCAUUACCAAUAAAUCAUCUUAAUCUUCAAACAUGGAGAAAAAACCUCGAGCACAUAAACAAGAAAUUAUAA